AUGGCCGGGAGGGAGAGGGAGAGGGAGAGGGACCGGGACAAGGAUCAGCUGCUGCUCAUCCCGGUGGCAGCCGACCGCGCCGCCGCCGCUGUUGCCGCCGGAGGCCACGAGGAGGAGACGUCGUCGCUGCUGCCGGUAGGGAUCGUGGCGGCCGGCUCGCCGCCGCCGCUGCCGUCGUCGGCGCGCGGCCACCAUAUCCACCGCCACCGUACCGGCAUCGAGGCAUUUUCAAGGGUGAUACGCAGCUGGGCAUGGAAGAAGUUCAUGACUGGAUGUGUCAUCUUGCUCCCCAUUGCCAUCACAUUCUACACCACCUGGUGGUUCAUCCGCGUCGUCGACGGCUUCUUCUCCCCGAUCUACAUCCAUCUCGGCAUCAAUGUCUUCGGUUUGGGGUUUGCGACGUCGAUCACCUUCAUCUUCCUCGCCGGCGUGUUCAUGUCGUCGUGGCUGGGAGCAUCUCUUCUCGGCCUCGGCGAGCUCUUCAUCAAGAAGACGCCGCUGGUUCGGCACAUCUACUCUUCUUCGAAGCAAAUCAGCGCUGCAAUCUCACCAGACCAGAGCUCACGGGCGUUCAAGGAGGUGGUGAUCAUACGUCACCCGAGGAUAGGCGAGUACGCGCUGGGAUUCAUCACGUCGACGCUGACGCUGCGCGGCGUCGCCGACGGCCGCCGCGGCGGAGGCAGUGGCGCCGGCGGCGGCCGGGAGCUCGCCUGCGUGUACGUGCCGACGAACAACCUCUACCUCGGCGACAUCUUCCUCAUGAGCCGCGCCGACGUCAUCGUCCCCGACCUCUCCGUCCGCGAGGCCAUCGAGAUCGUCCUCUCCGGCGGGAUGUCGGUGCCGCAGAUCAUCUCGGCGGUGGAGGGGGUCGUCGGGCUCGGCGGCCAUGGCCGGCCGGUGAAGUCUCCUUAGGCUAUGGAGUAUGGAGAAUGGUGUCAAGUUGUCAACUUCACACUCGGUAUAAUUUUGAGCUUCUGUAUGAUUAGAUGAUUAGUUAUAGAGAGGAGGUUUCCAGCAUUGGUAGGAUGGAAUUAUGCAAGCAUAAAAUUUGAUCCACUGUGAGACAGCAUUAAGCUUGUAUACAGAAUUUGUGAUAUUUCCUUUUGCAUCGGCAAAUUAUUGGUUUGCAAUUUGUUUUUUGGUACAGUUUGUAGUUGAAGCAAUAUACAAGCCUCAUUACAGCAAGGUGCAUGGGCACAACUUAUUCCAUUA